AUGCCCUCGCCCGACUCUCACAACCGCUCCCUCCCCCUCUCCUCGCCUACCAACCAGUACUCCGGCCCCGGCAAAUGCGUCUACUCCCUCUCUUUCCAAGCUUUCUACGAGCGCGAGGCUGAGAAGAUCAGGCAGGAAGGGAGGGCAGAGGGGGAGGAGGAGGAGGAGGUGUUGCAGAGGGUGAUGGAGCAGUGGGAUGAGAUGUAUGAGCGCUCGGACGAGCAGGGCAACGAGGAUCAGGCGGGUGAAGCGGCGCAGGACACAGCCCAGUCGCUCGUGCAGCUCAAGAAUCGCGACUCGAAUCGGUCGGCGAAGCACGAGCAGAAGGCGUCGACGAGCGGGAAGAAGCGCAGGAGCUCGACGAGCGCGAGGGCGGACGAGGCGUCGAAGGAGCCGCGUUCUCAGCUCCCUCGCUCCAAGCCCUACAGCCGCAACCCCUACCCGACCUACACUCACACGACCUCCUUUCUCUUCCACUCGUCCUGGCACGACUCCAACACCUACAUCCACUCGACCUCGUUCUCCUACGCGGGCGGCCCGUCGUUCCAUCUGCAGAACUUGUACUUCUCGCUCGGGACGAACUACCGGGGCGGAUGGGGAGAAGCGGGAGGAGAUAGGUGGGCCUCGUCGGAUGUUUGGUACGGCCAGCAUCGUCAGAGCGAUGCUCGCGAGUCGGGUGGGAGGAGUGAGAAGAGUGGAGAGCUCGUGAGGAGGAAGUAG